AUGAGGCAGGCAGUGUCCGAGGUCCUCGACCUUCACAGGUAUAUCCGCACCAUGUACCUGGGCAUUCAGAGCCAGCGGCAGAAGGAACACCAGCGACGCUUUUACUGGGCUAUGAUGUACGAAUAUGCAGACGUGAACAUGCUGCGCCUCCUGGAGACCUUCCUGGAGAGCGCCCCCCAACUGGUGCUACAGCUCUGCAUAAUGAUCCAGAAGAAUAGCGCUGAGACGCUGCCCUGUGUCUCCUCUGUGACCUCCCUGAUGUCCCUGGCUUGGGUGCUAGCCUCCUAUCACAAGCUGCUGCGGGACUCCAGGGACGACAAGAAGAGCAUGAGCUACAGAGGGGCCCUCAUCCACCUCUUCUGGCGCCUCUUCACCAUCUCAUCCAGAGUUAUCUCUUUUGCUCUCUUUGCUUCCAUCUUCCAGCUCUACUUCGGGAUCUUUGUGGUGGUCCACUGGUGCGCCAUGGCCUUCUGGAUCAUCCAUGGCGGAACAGACUUCUGCAUGUCCAAGUGGGAGGAGAUCCUCUUCAACAUGGUGGUAGGGAUUGUGUACAUUUUCUGCUGGUUUAACGUCAAGGAAGGGCGGACUCGAUAUCGAAUGUUUGCGUAUUACACGAUAGUCUUGACCGAGAACGCUGCCUUGACGUUCCUUUGGUAUUUUUACAGAAACCCGGAGACCACUGACUCCUAUGCGGUGCCAGCACUGUGUUGUGUCUUUGUUAGCUUUGUGGCUGGGAUCACACUGAUGCUCUUAUACUACAGUGUGCUGCAUCCCAUGGGGCCACGAGCUAAGAUCUUUGCCAGCUCCUGUUGUGCCGAGCUGCUCUGGGGCAUCCCUUUGCCCCCCGAUGUUGAGCCCAUGGCGCCUCAAACCCCUGGGUACCGGGGGACCCAGGUCACGCCCACCAGAGCCGUCACGGAACAACAGGAGGAUCUCACGGCUGACACUUGCUUGCCCGUUUUCCAAGUGAGACCCAUGGGGCCCUCUACCCCGUCAGGGCGUCCUUACCACCCAGAAGGGCCCCUCAUUAAGAUUGACAUGCCAAGGAAGAGAUACCCAGCUUGGGAUGCCCAUUUUGUAGACAGGAGGCUGAGAAGGACUAUUAACAUUCUGCAGUAUGUCACCCCCACCGCGGUCGGCAUUCGGUACCGAGACGGACCACUCCUCUAUGAGUUGCUACAGUAUGAGUCUUCACUCUGAAAGCAUCCUGACCCACGUUGAGACGGGGGCCUGAAGCUGGGUUUGCGGUAAACACCGCUCACAAGAAAUUUAACCCUCCCUUCCCCCAAUACACAGUACCAUGACCACCAUCACCAC